ACGUAGACAUUGACUUUGACAUAAAGCUAAAACCACUGUAUAUGACGUAAACUUCAAUAUCAGCUGUAAAUACAUUUAAAUUUCGAAAUUUAACUUUGCGAUAAAAUAACAAGUACUAUUAAUUAAACAAAUACAGCAACAAAAUGUCGAUUUCUCCCUUCCUACGUUCACCGUUUACUGAUAUCACCGGAGGGUUGGUAUCUCAUCAAAUGCUGGGUAAAUGCCAAAAAGAGGAAAUGCGCUACAUGGAUUGCCUGGAAGCGUAUGGUUUAGAACGCGGCCGUAGAAAAUGCGCUUACUUAAUUGAGGAUUUUCAGGAAUGUCAAACAAAAACUAAACAAUUCAAGAGAUUCAUGGCUAUGAGAAAAGAACGUGAAAGACAAAUUGCUGAAGGAACAUUAACUGGGGACAAAAAGUAUGUUACUCCCAGAAUCGAUAGUUACUAAGUGAAUUAAAAUCAUGGAUUGUAUAAUUAAUUAUGUAAUAUAGCUGUUUACUGCA